UUGGGCUUUGCCUGUGCUGUCUGUCUGUCAUAUUUGUAUCUUUCUGUGUCCGUUUUCGUUUUUAGUGAAAUUCUAGGGAAUAUUUAAGAUAAUCCAUCAAAUAUUAGCGAAAUGGGCUCGCGCUACAUGGUCUAUUGGCGGGUGUACGUCUACUCGAACAACUUGUAUUCGCUGCCGGAAAGCGAGUCGCGCAGCUACCGUGAUUGCACGCCAUUGAUGUACAGACGCAAUUCGGACGAGGUGCAUCGUCUGCUGAGCUUUGCCAAUCGUGAGCUGUCGGUGCUGCUGUGCAACACGCAGACGGAGCUGCUGACCGUCUUCGAUGUGCUGCAGGAGCUCAUCCUGGAUGUGAGCAUGAAGAGCGUGGAGUUCAAUGCGACGCUGGCUGCCUUUCUGGGGCCCAAGACAAAUCAUUUCGUGCACGAACUCAUUAACUUUGCACGCUCCCCCUACGACGAUCUGAUCAGCUACGAAUGCAAUGUGCAGUACCGAGCUAGGCCCAUGGAAGCUGUGGAGCAGCAGCAGCAGCAGCAGCAGCAGCAGCAGUCGUCGUCGCAUCUCAUGCUGAACUUUGUCGAGUUCUCUGCGUGCGUGGACGAGAAUGAGUGCGUUAGCUUCACGGCUGAUCUGGAGGUGGAGGACGAGGAUCCCGACGAGAUCGAUGAGCUGGCGGACUUGAAUGAUUUGAAUACGCCACUGCUCCUGGAGCUGCGUCGCCUGCUCGCCGAGCGCAAUGCAUCGGGCACGCUGCGCGGCAAUCAGCCGGCCAGCCAGUUGGCCAAUGAGCUGGUGUUGCAGGCAACCAAUACGGCAGCAGCGGCCGUGGCAGCGGGCGUGGCUGGCAACAGCAGCAACUCCAACUCCAACUCCAACUCCAACUCGAACUCCAACUCCAAUUCCAACUCAAAUUCGAGCAACAGCACAGGCGCGCCGGGCAACGGCAAUCUGCUGGCCAAUGAUCUGGGCCUUGAGGUGGCCAUCGAGCGCAGCAUGCUGGAUCGCUUGGGCUCCGACUACUAUAUGCCGCGACGCGCCCAGCAGCUGGUGGCCAAUGCGAACUAUGCACGCAACUUGGGUCGCAAUACGGAUGCAGCAACGGCAGCGGCUGCAGCGGCAGCGACGGCCAGCUUGAUGCGUGUGGCACAAACGACGAGUGGCAUGAAUACGGGCUUGCGUGCGGCGCUGCGAACGGCGCCGCGGCCCAGAAGCUCCAGUGUGGCGCCCAAAAGGCGACGCACCACAAAUCGCGAUCUCGACCAUUGAAACUAACCCAACUGGACCAAAGACACAGGACACAGGACACAGGACACGCACACGCACACGCACACAGCCACAGCCACAGUCAAUGGUGGCACGUGUCGCAUCUAUAAUAAAUAAAAGAGCAGCUUAACGCAUUUAAUAUUGCCUGAAAGACA